AUGCUAGAAUCAAAGGUGGAACAACGUACAAUCACCAAUUAUCCUCCAUGUGCAUUGCACAUUUAUCGUGGUAAAUAUAUUAUUGUAGGAACGUACGAACUUAAUAAGGAAACUGGGCAUAGAAUUGGUUCAAUUAACGUGUAUAAUGAAGAUUUGAAGCUUUUGAAGAUCUACAACACGUAUGGUGCAGUUCUAGAUUUGAAGUUAUCUCCUUUCAAUGACAAACUUGUAGCGACAGCACAUUCCACGGGUAAUAUUACGAUCUGGGAACUUAAAGAGACGGAAAAGGACAUUAUAUUGACGGAGGUUGUCAAUUUUGUUGUAUUUGAUUCUGGUGUGCUGAUUUCAUCUUUGCAUUUCAGUCCACAUGAUGCUAAGACUGUGUGUGUAACUAGCACAUCUGGUGAAGUGGCUUUAUUGAAUAUUGCAACGCAAGAUAUCAGUUUGAAGUUUCAAAUUGAUAGAUCUUCAAGUUAUGAUGGUAGAGCUGAGGUAACUCCAUAUGAGGUACAAGGUGAAAACGUUUCAGGGAUAGAAGCGAUUGUCGAAACGUUCGAUGAAGCACAUUCAUUAGAAUGCUGGACAGCAGAAUUUGGUCAACUACAACCAUUUUCCCAAGUUCUUUUCACAGGAGGUGAUGAUUCGUGUCUGAUGGCACAUGAUUUGCGGUCCAAGCAAAUGAUAUGGUCAAAUAACAGAAUCCAUGAUUCCGGUGUAGUGGCCAUCAAGUCUAGUACUACGACAUUUAGAAAUGAUAGACCAACCUCUUUAGUUACUGGCUCAUACGAUGACCAUAUCAGAUCUUUUGAUUUAAGAAUGCUAGGCGACUCCAUAUAUCCUGGCAGAAAUGUCCCAGUGGCCGAACUAAAAUCCUGUAAUCUCGGUGGUGGUGUAUGGAGAUUCAGUGAAAUGCCAAAAGCUGGCAGUGAGGACACCCUUAUGGUUUGUUGCAUGUAUGACGGUGCAAAAAUUGUAAGUAUGAAUGACACUAACGAAGAAUAUUUUAAGGUGACUAACUAUUUAAAGGAAGGACAUGAGUCAAUGUGCUAUGGUGGUGACUGGUGCAACGAGUUUAUUGCAACCUGCUCGUUCUACGACAAAUCCCUACAAAAAUGGAAACCAUAA